AAGUAUUGCGAAUUUUCUUUGAACCAAGUGUGAUCGAAAUGAUAAAAAACACUAUAGAUGACAUCUUUAAUCAGAAAACUUUAUUCCCUUAUAAUGAAGUGGUUCAAAGAUUAAAUCAAUUUGCAAAGCAAACUAAUGUCUUGUUGAACUUCAUCAGAUAAGCAACAAUUUGAUAAUAUUUAGUAUCUUCUAUCAAUUCUGAUCGGGAUCGGUACUUUCCCUAAUCGAGCUCGAUCUUCACUAAAUUCGUUUACAACAAAAACUCAAACUCAUCAUGCCGAGAGACGUUGGUGCCUAUUUAUCUGAACAACAGAGGAAAACCACGGGAGACGUAGCAUCGGAAUGGGGACAGAUUGAAGAACUGUAUAAUAAAAAAUUAUGGCAUCAACUCACAUUGAAGCUUUUAACUUUUGUGAAAAAUCCCACCUUCGCAAAAGGGGAUGGUCUCAUAAAGAUGUAUGAAAAUUUCAUCGCUGAUUUUGAACACAGAAUCAACCCGUUGGCUCUAGCAGAAAUUAUGGUUUUUAUCGUCAAACAGAUAGCAGAUGUAGAAACAGCUAUUACAUUUAUUGAAAAAUUGAAAGAGAAAGUAAAGUCUAGUGAUGAAGCUAAGAUUCUGUGUCUUACAACCAUGGGAACGAUACGGAUAAGGACCCGUGAUCUGCCUGCAACAAAGACGGUAGUGGAGGAGUGCAGUGGAUUGUUGGACAACUUAGAUGGUGUCACCACAGUCCAUGGCCGAUUCUACGAACUGUCUAGUAACUACCACAAACUGACGGGCAACCACGCCAUGUACUAUCAGGAAGCUCUCAGGUAUCUGGGAUGUACGGACCUCAACGAUAUACCAGCAUCAGAACAAGUGGAGAGGGCCUUUAAUCUCGGCUUAGCAGCCAUCUUAGGUGAUGGAGUGUAUAACUUUGGAGAACUUUUAGCUCAUCCCAUCCUGGAGUCCCUCAAGACCACAGACAAAGCAUGGCUCACUGAUCUGUUGUACACCUUCAACAGUGGCAAUAUACCCAAGUUUGAUGAACUGAAGAAAUUCUGGGGUGCACAGCCUGACUUAGCUGCCAAUGAGAUACAUAUGAGACAGAAGAUUUCGCUUCUCUGUCUAAUGGAGAUGACUUUCCAAAGACCAGCAACAAACAGACAGCUUACCUUUCAUGAAAUUGCUGACCAAACUAGACUACCUAACAAUGAGGUUGAGAUGUUGGUAAUGAAAGCCUUAAGCUUAGGACUAGUCAAGGGAUCUAUAGAUGAAAUUGAUCAGAAAGUACACAUGACCUGGGUUCAACCUCGUGUCCUUGACCUUCAACAAAUUGCCACUAUGCAGAAGAGACUGGAACAGUGGACAGAGGAUGUAAAUGGAAUGGAACAGCUACUAGAGGUCAAGGCCAAGGACAUUCUCACAUAAUCACCACUACAUCGUAUAUCAUAAUGUUUCAUAGACUGAUAAUAAUUUCAAAGUUCUACUAUUGCUUUCUAUCAAUUGAUGUGAAGUACAUGUAGGAAAUCUGAAUUAAAGAAUAUCAAACUUG